AUGGAUUCGUCGACAGCCCGCCGGACCGUGGCAUCCCAAAUGCACGAGUCUGAGCAAGGUGCCAAAAUCAAUGACGGAACAAAAGACUACCAGCCACUGAGGUCGAAACAAUAUGACCUCAAGAAGCUUCACAUCACAGAAACGCCCAUCACAUGGUCAAACUGGUUCCGCCACGUCAACUGGCUGAAUACCUUCUUCAUAUUCGGCGUGCCGAUAAUUGGAUUCGCGGCCGCGUAUUAUCACCCGCUGAACCGCUGGACGGCUCUGUUCAGUGUGAUCUACUACUUCAACACGGGCCUGGGCAUCACAGCUGGAUAUCACCGUCUCUGGGCCCACACUUCAUACAAAGCCACAUUACCCCUGCAAAUCUACCUGGCGGCAGUCGGCGUCGGAGCAGCUGAGGGCUCGAUCAGGUGGUGGUCGAAAGGCCACCGCGCGCACCACCGGUACACAGACACUGUCAAGGACCCGUACUCUGUCAGAAAGGGCUUCAUCUAUGCGCACAUCGGCUGGCUCGUCAUGAAGCAGAACCCGAAGCGUAUCGGCCGGUCGGACAUCACAGACCUGAAUGAGGACCCUAUUGUUGUUUGGCAGCAUGUGAACUACCUGAAAUGCGUCAUCUUCAUGGCCUUGAUAUUUCCCACUCUGGUCUGCGGCUUUGGGUGGGGUGACUGGCUUGGCGGUUUCAUCUACGCUGGCGUUCUCCGUGCAACCUUCGUGCAGCAGGCGACGUUUUGCAUCAACUCCCUCGCACACUGGCUCGGCGACCAGCCCUUCGACGACCGCAACUCCCCUCGCGACAACUGGAUCACGGCACUCGUGACGCUCGGCGAGGGCUAUCACAAUUUCCACCACGAGUUCCCGUCAGACUACCGAAACGCCAUCGAAUGGUACCAGUACGACCCUACGAAGUGGAUGAUCUGGCUGUGGAAGAAGGUCGGGCUGGCCUACGAUCUGAAGCAAUUCCGACAGAACGAGAUCGAGAAGGGAAGGGUCCAGCAGCUGCAGAAGAAGCUCGACCAGAAGCGAUCCAGGCUGGACUGGGGCAUCCCUCUCGACCAGCUGCCCAUCAUCGAGUGGGACGAUUUCGUCGCCCAGUCGAGGGCGACCGACGGCACUGGCAGGGCCCUCGUCACGAUCGCCGGCGUCGUGCACGAUGUCACGGACUUCAUCAAGGAGCACCCGGGCGGCAAGGUGCUCAUCUCUUCUGCGAUUGGGAAGGACGCCACGGCCAUCUUCAAUGGCGGGGUCUACCUCCACUCGAACGCGGCGCACAAUCUCCUCAGCACGAUGCGGGUCGGCGUCAUCCGGGGAGGAGGCGAGGUGGAGAUGUGGAAGCGGAUUCACGCCGAGGACAAGGACAAGCUCAUGGUGCGGGACUUGGACGGGAACCCGAUUAGUAGGGGCUUCAGGGAUCUCAGGUUCCGGCUGAACAACUACUUCGAAUACAAUCGGCGAGGGCUUGUGCCCGAAUGCGAAAGUCUAGGCCAGCAGCCAUGGGAUGAUGCGCUCACAGAUCCUACAAAGGCCCUUGCACCGUAUGACAAGCAAGUGUCUCCGGCUGAGUGGAACAACAUCUACAAUGAUCCGUUUGGAAGGGAUGAUGAAGAUAUUCGCGCCCAGCAGGCUGGUAAUGUGAGACCGUUCGAGGCUCCAGCCACUGGUUUCGUGCGACCCAAGGACGAUAUAGGAGAUGCCUUCGUGAUAGACCUCCGCCGUAGGCUGCGCCGCCGGGGCCUCGACAUCAGGUCGCUUCGGCAUCUCGGGGCGGGUGGUUCGGGCCUGGCGACUCUAUUCGAGGUGCGCUCGAGCAAAAGUGGUGUGCGGAAGAAGUUCGUCAUUAAGUCGUCUAGUAUAGCGGACGAUCCGGUUCUGGAAUAUGAGAAAUCUAUCCAUAUGACUCUGAGACGCGCACCGCACAUCGUGCGACCUCUUCUGUGGGCAGAUGACAUCAUGACCGGUGCUCCGGACGGAGGAGGUAUCAAGCGGUUUUGCCAAGAAAUGGACGAUCGUAAAGAUAUGGUUUAUCUAGAGUUUAUGAAAGGCGGUAGUCUGUCAGGGCUGAUAGGAAAAGUGGUGGCCACGGGGGCGGUGUUCCCUAAUGGCAUUCUAUGGAAGGUUUUCUUCUGCCUUGUACGGGCUUGUCUUGCCAUUGAAUACCCACCUAGACUACAGAUACAGGAGAACGGGUACUGGGCCUGGGACUCCGAGGUGGGCGAUGAUGGCGUGGAAAAGGUUCCUGAUCAAGAGUUUCAGAGGGAUGGAUAUGGAUUGGUGCAUUUCGACUUGGACCCGGACAAUGUAAUGAUUGGUGAUAACGACGAAAAGCACCCAGCCGCCCCAGUUUUCAAGGUUGGUGACUUUGGGACUGCGUCGAUGCCCCGGAAUCCUACUUUCGCAAAUCGAGACAUGAUUUGGUUGACUCGAAGAGCGGGUAAAAGAAGUCACUCUAUGCCCGAACAAUUCCACAAGGAAUGGGAGUACGUUUUCAUGCUACCCAAUGCCGAAAAUCCCGUUCCCAAGGUCGCAGGGAACUAUGGGCCGGCCAGCAAUAUCUGGGCUAUUGGCAUGGUCUUGCACGAUAUGAUAACGCAGAAUCACCCACCAGACCCCCCAGCCGCAUUUGGGCCGAUGAAUGGUCCAGAUGCCAAUCUGAUGCCCGAUGGGAUCCCGGCGUUCCGUGACGUCGACGGCAACGUGGUAGACCCAUUCUACACCCACGGGAGCUGGCUAAGAGACGCGGACAGCAUAGACAAGGACCUUAAAGGGCUGCUCAUCCGAUGCUUAGCGGACCAGCCAGCUCAUAGGCCUAGCCUACAGGAGCUGAACAAAUACUUGGACCGAGCUGACAGGAUCUUUGCCUGGAAUGAUGACCCAGACGACCGAGAUUGGGUCGAGCAGGUGCUGAACGAGCCUCCAGAGGCGAUCGAAAAGGUCGACCCUGUUCUUGACUAUCUGCCUGACCAACUGUCCCGCAGCCGACUGUCCUUUGUACGGAAAGUUGUGCGCACGCGGCCAUGGACUGGGAGAGCUCGAACGCCUCCGGCACCACAAGAACCAAAACCACCACAACCACCCCAAGCACCGCAGGAUGGACCACAGAGUACUGGAACGAGGAUAUUUAAUUUGUUAAAUGCCGCUGGGGCUAGUCUCCAGGCGCUCUCGGCUGUCUGGUCAAGUGCAAGACCACCACCAGAACCAGAACCAGACCAGGUCCCAGUGCCGGACGACGUUGCGUAUCUCUUCAGUCCAAAUGGGGACUCUUUAUUAUUGACUUAUGCUGGAACCGCAGUCGUGAAUCCAACACCAGAUGCAGGCGAAAGGGCAGCAGGCCGGUUGCCUGUGUCAACACCGGUACGUCCAUCGGCGGGCCGAGGUGGAGGAAAUGGCUCAACAUUUGCAAGCGGUCCAAACGGAGUGGCAAAGCGGUCACCUCUCAGCGCCUUGGCUAUGGCUAACAGAACCACGGAGGACUCGCAGUCGAAUGCAUAUCUGAGCGGCGACGAAAACCCUCCAGACAUCUUCCUCACUACCCACGACCCAGCGGCACUUCGAAACAAUAGCGGACGGGCGGGGAUCCCAAGAGAGAUCGUCAUCUCCCUAUCCCAAGCUUCGGGACUGGGUGCGCGCGACCUGAUGCCCAUCCCGCCGUUCACUCCCCGGACAGCCCCGCCUAUUGCGCCUCGAGGAUAUCAGUACGGCCGGGCAUCGCCUCAUCCCCCGUUGGAUGGCCAGAUCGUUCCUCCGGGGAUGUUCACUAUCAGGAUUGAUCCGAUCGACCCAGCCCGUGGCGGAAGACAGCCCAACGUAUUCUAUCGAGACCUUAACCUUGGAGGGCCUGCGAAUAAAGGAAGAGACAAUACCGCAAACAACAUCCCGGGCGGCGGUAGGCGCCGCUCGCCCACGCAGGAUGUUGAAGAACUUGGCCCACGAGUGCCAAGGGUCAAGGCGAUGCGCAUACCAUUCUACGGCUUGUUCGAGAGGCCACCAGCGAGGCCCCGCGGGUUCCAUUACGGCCGGAGGCUCUACCUGUCGCCUGCGGAGAUCCAGGGCUUAGCCAACAGGGGGGUCAGGGCCCCGCCGGGCCGUGUGAUCGUACGACUGGUCCACGUCGACGUGGCCGAGGGCGAUAGCUAUGAGAGGCCGACCAUCUUCUAUCAAAUGGAGCCCAGGUUCCGAGCCCCGCUGCCGCCCAGUGACGACCCGGAGGCAAAUAUCCUCUAUGCUACUUUACCUAUUUUGUGA